AUGAUCUUUGAUACUGGAAGUUCUAAUCUAUGGGUGCCUUCUUCAAAGUGCUACUUUUUAGUGAGUUUUGACUUUUCCAAUUCACGAUUUCUCUCAAUCUAUAGCUUCAAUCACGUGCUUAUAAUUCUUGAUAUGGAUACAGGGACAUCUGCUGCUAUUCAAUAUGGAAGUGGAGCUAUCUCUGGUAUCUUUAGCCAAGACUCUAUCCUACUUGGUGAUCUUGUUGUUAAAGAACAGGAUUUUAUAGAAGCAACAAAAGAACCUGGCAUCACUUUCUUAGCAGCCAAGUUUGAUGGAUUUUUCAGUGAUGGUUGUGCAACAAUUACGGAUUCUGGAACCUCUUUGUUGGCAAGUCCAAUGCAACUGAACAUACAUGCGUGGGAAGCAUUUGAGAAGGGCAAUGAUGUCCAUAUGCAAGCUGCUCCUUCACAAGCUGAAUUGUUGUUUAAGAAUUAUAAAGUGAACAAAGAGAAGCUAAAAUCUCAAGUGAAGUAG